AGUUGGAGAGUUGGAGGGGCGAGGUUGGGGGUUUGGAGGAGGGACCGUUGGCAGGAUUGGAAGGAAAUUGGCAAGGAAAGUGGCUGAAUCCUGAGCCUGGCAGGACUGGGGGCGGAUUGGAAGGAAAGGGGUACAAAUGUGGCUUUCCCCUGGCAGGGCUGGGAGUGAAGCUGUGCAGCUCAGCGCCGGUGUUUGCGACUGUGGGUUGCCACCAUGUUCAACCAGCAGCAGCAGCAGCAGUUCCAGCAGCAGCAGCUGCAGCAGCAGCAAUUGCUGCAGCUUCAGCAGCUGCUGCAGCAGCCCCCACCACAGGCCCCCUUGCCCAUGGCUGUCAGCAGGGGCCUCCCCCAGCAGCAGCCCCAGCAGCAGCUUCUGAGUCUCCAGGGGACCCACUCGGCCUCCUUCCUCAAUGGCUCCAUGCUCCAGAGAGCUUUGCUUUUGCAGCAGUUACAAGGACUGGACCAGUUUGCAAUGCCAUCAGCCACGUAUGACAGUGCCGGUCUCACCAUGCCAACGGCAACAUUGGGCAACCUCCGGGGCUACAGCAUGGCCACCCCGACUUUGACAGCCCCUAGCCUGACACCGCCCCAGAUGGCACCCCCAAAUCUGCAACAGUUCUUCCCCCAGGCCACCCGCCAGUCCCUGCUGGGCCCCCCUCCUGUUGGGGUCCCCAUUAAUCCCUCCCAGCUCAACCUCUCAGGGCGGAUGCCCCAGAAACAGAGCCGGGCCCCCUCCUUCACCAAUCGCAAGGAUUCCUCUUCUCAGACGAUGCCUGAGGAAGACAGGUCAGACCCCCCAGAGGGGUCUGAGGAAGCCAGAGAGUUCCAACUGGACACAGCUGAAGACCAGGGGCCGUGCCCCUGCCCAGAGGCCAUCACUAGCGAAAAACACACUCGAGCACCUGAGCCUAAGCCCUGUGAGGCCUCGGAGCCACCAGCCAAGAGGACCAAGAGGUCAGAGGAGCCCUCAGAGAACGGGCCUCCAGGGCAGCCAUGGACCCGGAUGACAGCACUGAAGCAGACGCAAACCCCAGGGAUGCUGCCUGAGCCACUGGAGGCCCGAGGGAAGCCACGAUUCCAGCCUCAAGUACAGCCACAGACUCAGCCACAGAUGCCGCCAGCGGACACCCAGGUGCAGCCAAAACUGCACAAACAGGCACAAACUCAGACCUGCCCCGAGCACUUAGGGCUGGAGCAGAAUCAGGGGAAGCCACCGGCCCGUUCACAGCCCCCAGAGCAGGUGCAGCCCCAGCGGCAGAAGCAGGCCCAGACACAGACGCAGCCACAGCGCCACAUGCAGGCACAGGCCCUGAAGCAGCCGUCAGAGCAGCCUUCUGCUCAGGUGCCAGUGCAGACCCAGGGUCAGCCGCAGGCCCAGCCACCGGGGUAUGUGCCAGCGCCCGAGCCAACGCCAGCUCCGGCUCAUGCCAUUGUGCUGGAGGCACCGGCGCCCGAUGCAGUGGAGGCUGGGGGAGGCACAGAGGUGGCCUCUCCGGAGCCAGUGGAUACCCAGGUCAGCGUGGGAGCGAGCCAGGAGGAGCCAGCCAGCGGCCUGGAUGUGGGAGAAUGUGAAAAAAGAGCCAGGGAGAUGCUGGGGAUGUGGGGUGCCGGGGGCUCCCUGAAGGUCACCAUCCUACAGAGCAGCAACAGCCGGGCAUUUAGCACUGUGUCCCUCACGCCUGUGUCCCGUCCCGGUGACUGCACCUCCGCCAGCCCUGCGGCCCCCGCGCCCUCCAGGCAGGCUCUCCAGUUCUUCUGCUACAUCUGCAAGGCCAGCUGCACCAGCCAGCAGGAAUUCCAGGACCACCUGUCGGAGGCUCAGCACCAGCAGCGGCUUGGGGAGAUCCAGCACAUGAGCCAAGCUUGUCUCCUGUCCCUGCUGCCCAUGCCCCGGGACGCCCUGGAGAGAGAAGAGGAAGAGCCUCCACCGAGACGCUGGUGCAACACCUGCCAGGUUUACUACACGGGGGACCUGAUCCAGCACCGCAGGACGCAGGACCACAAGAUCGCCAAACAGUCUUUGCGACCCUUUUGCACCAUUUGCAACCGCUACUUUAAGACUCCCCGCAAGUUUGUAGAGCAUGUGAAGUCCCAGGGGCACAAGGACAAGGCCAAGGAGCUGAAGACGCUUGAGAAGGAGAUAGCUGGCCAAGACGAGGACCACUUCAUCACGGUGGAUGCCGUGGGUUGUUUUGAGGGUGAUGAAGAAGAGGAGGAUGAGGAUGAAGAAGAAGAAGAAGAAGAGAUUGAGGUUGAGGAGGAAUUCUGCAAGCAGGUGAGGUCCAGAGAUAUAUCCAUAGAGGAGUGGAAGGGCUCGGAGACCUACAGCCCCAACACUGCAUACGGUGUGGACUUCCUGGUGCCUGUGAUGGGCUAUGUGUGCCGCAUCUGCCACAAGUUCUACCACAGCAACUCGGGCGCACAGCUCUCCCACUGCAAGUCCUUGGCCCACUUUGAGAACCUGCAGAAAUACAAGGCAGCCAAGAACCCCAGCCCCACCUCCCGGCCCGUGAGCCGUCGGUGCGCCAUCAAUGCCCGGAAUGCUUUGACUGCACUGUUCACGUCCCAUGGCAGUAGCGGCCGCCCACCCAGCCAGCCCAGAACCCAGGACGUGGCCAAAACCACCAGCAAGGACAAAACACCCAGUGGACUCUCCCAGGCUCUGGAAUGGGACCCAGCCCCUGCUCCUCUCUCUAGCCCCAUCUCCCAAGUCUUCUCCUAUCCUCUCACCUCAGGCCCUUUGAAUGUGCUGUGCCUCUGUCUGGGGUGUGUGGGUUCCUCCUGUCUUCCUUUCCUCUUCUCCCUGAUGAGUCCCACUCACCCUUGAAGACUCAGUAUGGAUGACACCACAGGGACUCUUCCCAGUGUCCCAGACCAGAUCAGUCCUCUGUCCUGAUCCCCCAGCCUGCCUCUGCUCACUUCCAUGGCCUCCCCUCAGGACUGACUGCUGUGGUUAUUUUGUGUGGUGGGUGUCGCCCACUCAAAUAAAGCUCCUUGAGAGGUGA